AUGGUUCAUUAUGACGAGCAGUUCGAGGAACAGAUCAAGGAGUGUCGGACGGCCCGACGCCUUCUCUUUCUUCGUAACCUCAACUUCAAAGCCGAUCGGGCCGAAAUCGAGGCCAUCGUUUUGGCUAAGCUCACGAGUCCCGACUCGGCCAAGUUCUUCUGGUCGCCAUCACGCCCGGGCCAGUUCACCUACCCAAAUCGCCAUACGGGCUCGGUAAUGGUUGGGUUCAACCAGCGCCCUGAUGCCAGGGCAGCUGAGGGCGAGCUGACGGGCCUGGAGAUCCGUGGUCGUCCCGUCAUCCUCGACCGAGCAGCCAGGAGAACGAACCCAGAGCACCGCAACAAUCAGGCGGCUGCUCCCAACUUCCCUGCGUCCACCUCCGCCGCUCUCGCCAUCCCAGCUCUCCCUCCUCCUCCCGCCACCGCUGCCACCAUCGCUGCCGCCAUCACCCCCGGCAUUGCUGCUGUUAUGAAUCACGCUAUGGCUCCCUCCAUGGCUCCCGUCAUCGCUGCCGCUGUCGCUCCCACCAUCGCCGCCGCCAUUGCUGCUGCCGUCGCUGCCGCCACCCCUCUGACAACCCCUCACAUAACCGCCCCUGCUGCUGUCGCUGCCACCGCCCACGUCAUCCAUCCCUUCGCCGCUCCCACCCACGCCGCUGCCAUACUCCCCGCCCCCGACUCCUUCAGCUCCCGGGAGGAGACUACGCUGUUCCCUCCUCACGGUAUCAAACGGGAACCAGAUGAGACGUUCGAGUACCAGGGCUGGAACCAGAACAGCAGCGAGAAUGACAACCAGAGCUUUCCGUCGGCCAAGAAGAGAAGAUUAUAA